AUGAAAAUACUUCUAGCUGUGGCUUUUUUGGUCAAUUGUAUUCAUGUUCUCUGCUCGCAACAAGAUCCAUGGGAUACCGUAGCGAAACAUCUGGCAUCGCUGCCGAAACAUAAGGACUGUCUUAUAAACUCUGCGCAAGAAUGGGACCCGUUUCAAGGUGGAAUCAACAUUACUUUGCCAAUAGAUUACUACGAAGAAGAACAGGAGCUGAAUUGGGCUGCGUUCCUCGCAUCGGAGAGUAACGAAAACCGGCUGAUGUUCACCGAGCUCGUACGUUCCAGCGAAGACUUUGAUAAUGUUGAGGCUACAUACAGCCUUGCUCAGAUGCUUUUGCUCCAGCAAUACGGCGUUCCUCAAAAUAAAACUUUGGCCUAUCACUACAUGUGUAAGUUUAACGAGCUCACAGACUACAUGAAUGGAACAGCGGUUUUUGAACUUGGUUUAAUGCAUAUCACGGGCCUUUUUGGUACUAUCCCGGUGGACGUAGCCCACGGUCUGAUCUUAUAUGAAAGGGCAGCUGAAUUGGGUGAUCUAAGGGCCAGAAUGGCAUUAGCAUACCGGCACUCACUCGGGCGUAAUGUGCCUCUAGAUCAAGAAAAAUCUCUCUUCCUUUACAGAUCACUUGCACAUGAACUUCGCAAAAAGUACACCGAUGUUGAAUGGAACCUGUUUCAUCCUUUGGUCGAGUCUUAUCUUGUUAGCAUUCCAGACUUCACAGGAGGGUUACUAGGCAGUGGAUUAAGCUCUAGCCCCUCCACCGUUAGGAGACUAAGGGCCAGCAGACCUGACGUUACCUCAUCUAUACUGACUAACUUACACCCAGAGGGCGUCGUGCUCCACUUUGGUUCCGGAUUCCACGAUUUUAUAGAAGAUGACGAAGAGAACAGGGACAAACUCGUUGACAUAUACUACACCGCAUUGGAUAAUUUCCGUGGGACGUACACUCAAAGACGUAAUUCGAACGCUUCUGCGGAGAUGUUAAAUGUCACUAUUGCAGAAUACUCUUCUUAUUUACAAAACAUGGAUACUCUGCAAAGAUACUACUAUGGUAAAUGCUUGGAGCUUUGGGGGCACAUUCUGUUCACGGGCGACGGUGUGUCACGACCAGAUAUUGACGCAGCAGAGAGAAUCCUAACCAACGCCACGAAUGUUCUGAAAUCAAACUCUUACAGUGCUCAUUUAGACCUGGGACUAAUAAAUCAAUAUUUUCACCGUAAUGCAGCCGUUGCGCGGCAGCAUUACAGAUUUAUUAGUUCUGGCGAAGUGUUUUUCCAAGUCUACCAGCUGGACAAAUCCAACCUGUCCCGUCAACAAUUUGUCGAUAGCAUUUAUCUUGAUUCGGCUUCGGAGAUGGGACAUCCACAAGCAUGUUAUGAGUUUGCCAUGAAGAAAGAAGGGCUUGGUGGUGCUAGCGUUUAUGACCUUCAUCGAGCUUUCAAAGAAUUUGUAGAAAGUCAGGAGAGUUUUGUCGCUCCGCACAUGAAAGACGCAUUUUUAGCACUAUUGAGGGGCGACACAGAAGCUGCUCUUUGGUUGUAUGUGCAAGCAGCUGAACAAGGAAUCCAAACAGCUCAAACAAAUGUUGCCUUUAUACUGUAUCAGCCCUCGUAUGUCGUUGAUGAGCCGCCCUUCACUUCAGACGAAAGGAAACUUCUCGCAGCGCAAUACUACUCAUUGGACUCCAUGGGCUAUAACAGAGACUCUGCUGUUGUCGCCGGUAACGUUUUUUUUGAAAUGGGUGACUAUGAGCAGGCGGCCGGGCUUUACCAAUUUUGUUCUGGUUCGGCGUUGGGAAAAUGGCACCUCGGCUACAUGCACGAGUAUGGCCUAGGCGUGGAACAAGACUUUGAGUUGGCAAAGCGCCACUACGAAAGUGCUCUUGAGCUCAACCCAGCGCUGUUUUUGGGAGUCAAGCUAUCUCUUUUCAAGCUGGAACUCAAAUCUUGGUUCCUCUGGCUUACGAGCUCGGCAGAAAGAUUUAGCUGGUUUGCGCAUGGGCAAGCGUACCAGAAGUCUAGUAAAGAGGCUUUCCACACGCGAAUGCUGAAAAAGGUCCACAAAGCUCGUCAUGAAAGACAGGAGAGGACUGGCUCCUCAUCCAAGUAUUAUGGACUGCCGACUUUGAAAGACGCGGUCUUGAUCAUUGGCAUAUUCGCAAUUUUCUUGAUGAUACAAUUGGUGCAGUUGGUUCGGACUUUGUUAGCGCGGCCACGCGGGGAUAACUUUGGUGGUAUAAAUUUCCAUCUAUGA